AGUCCAACAGUUUCAAGGGAGUGGUGGGGCACAAUGGUGUAGUAGUAGUGUUGUCGAUAUAUUGAAUCCGACAUUCUAUUGGCUCAAAUUCACCUUGGCAAUUGUAAAUAUGUAGCGUCCGUCAAAAAGCUUCGGGCGCUCGGCAAAAUUGCCAGAGUUUAGACCGAUUUCUGCCAACACGUGCCACCUUUUGACUAAAAUUGGAAGAUGUACAACAUCAAAGAGACCGUCAGAUGCGCGUCUGCCUUGUUGGAUCUUCGGAGGCUGUGGCUUUACGAUCCGCAAGGCACUCCUCACUCUAAUAUAGAAAGAGAGUAUUAUUAUAGGCCAAACAAUCGUGUUGAUCUGAGAACAACGAUGCCCUGCGCCAGUGUUCGUUCUCCUGAUGCAUUCGCAUGUGGCGUAAUUGGGAAUGGAUUUGGAGCCGAUACACGCGCGAUGAUCUUUUGGAUCAAAUAUAAGCUGAUAUAUAAGCUAUGGCACCUUUUCUGCAAGGGGAAAGGGCAGAGAGUCCCGCAUUCCAAGUUAUCACGUGCUCUCUUCCGCUGGCGUGCCGUAUACCACCAUCCGUCUUGGAUAAUUGUACUGCAUCAGAUUUACCGGAUGUGUCGCUUUUUGGGUGGUGAUCGAAUGGAGCGAAGACUCCAGGGUCUAACGAAUUGCGUUCUGGAUGUUAGGGGUGCAGCUAAACGCGUGGGGGAAUUGGUGGGACUGAUCGCACAGUGGCCACGAUUAGCUCAAGACUAGCAAAUUAUGUCGUCUGGGUAAUCAUCACGAUCCAUGAAUGCAUGGCAAGGGGGAUUGAACAUGCUUACAUACCCUCUCGAAUAUCUCACAGGGAGCAGCUCUAUUCAUGCAAGCUACAAAUGUCACCACAAUAAGAGUUCGUACUCUUUGGCAUGUUGCCAGAAAAGUCCAUGUAUUGUCGA